UAGUCUAAACGCACAUUGUGACUUGAGUGUUUUUUCAGUUUCAAGUCCCGGACGCCGUCUCUAGUCUGGUGUCACCGUUCUGGCGUUCUAUCCAUUCCAGUUUUGUUUUUUUCUACACUUGUCGUUAACAGAUUAGCAAUAGAGCGAUAGCAGUGCCCCAGUGCUUGACUGGAAUCUCCAGCCAAAUCGGAACUCAGCUUCCAGCUCGUCCGCGACAGAUCAAACGCAUAAUCCCUAAUAAAAACCCAUAAAAUUUAUAUCUUUCAACUCGUCACGAAAUGGCUGUUCUUGCAUUCUCCGUGGCUCUCUCGCCUCCAAGAUCUAGGGCUGGUUUAUUAACGCAGCGUUUGGGAACAUUCAGUGGCAUAUCAUGUUCGAGGAGAACUCCUAUGAUCAGAGCUGAAGUGAAAUAUGUGAAUGGAGAGGAGGCAAAGAGACUUGUAGACGAAGAAGGUUACAGCAUUUUGGAUAUUCGUGAUAAAACACAGUUUGAUCGGGCUCACAUCAAGUCUUGCAGGCAUAUUCCUCUUUUCAUUGAGAAUAAUGACAAUGACUUUGGUACAAUAGUGAAGAGGACAAUACACAACAAUUUUGUAGGAACUUUAUUUGGUUUGCCAUUCACAAAGCUUAACCCUGAUUUUGUUCAAGCGGUUAAGAGCCAAUUCCCUUCUGAUAGUAAAUUGUUGGUGGUUUGCCAGGAGGGGUUGAGAUCAGCUGUUGCGGCUAGUCAGCUUGAGAGUGAAGGUUUUCAAAAUAUUUCUUGUCUUACAUCAGGACUAACGUCAAUAAAGCCAGGUACCUUUGAAUCUGCUGGAACUGUUGAACUCCAAAAUGCUGGAAAGGCUGGCCUUGUGACUAUCCAGGGGAAGAUCUCUGUUGUUCUUGGGACUGUGCUAAUAUGUGCCUUUCUUCUUAUCACUUUGUUCCCAGAUCAAGCUGAGAAGAUUCUUCAAAUGAACCCUUAAGACAAUUCUUAAAUUAUGCAGUCUUAAAAUCAGUGUCUGGAGGCUUCAAAGCCUAUUCUUCAUAUAACUUGCGGGAUUCUUGUUCAGGGAAGCUCAUGAGGUGCCCAUUAAAACUUGCGGCAUGAAAUAGAGAGUUCAGGUUCUGGUUUGCUACUCGCUGACAAAUUACUUGAGAAGAUUAGUCAAAGUUGUUGGUUCGAGUGAAAGCUGUUGCAUUUUCUGACAUAUCUGUUACCAUUGUCCUUUGUCAUUGUAGUGGUAUAUCUGUUAUUCUUGGCGCUAUCACUUGGUUUUGUCAGCUUCUUUGACUACCAAUGAUUCUGCCACCAAAAGAACAAGCAAAUUUGUAUGCAUGAUUUGAUUAUAAGGUAUUUGCAAAUAUCAGACCUCACUGGCUUCUUAGUAGAUCAUAAA